AUCCAACUGGCACCUUGCAUAUAUAUUUUACAGGCUGCAAUGCCACAGCCUUGUGUAGUUCUCUAACAGAGCCUCGACCUCACCUUGGCCCUGCAGCUCUCCUGUGAAUUCUAGUGGUCGCUGAGCACUUACCAUAUCAUUUCCCUCGCACUGGCGGACCUUCGGUGUAUAAGUACUGCAGUUUCAACUCCCUAACGAGAUGGGCAGUGGUUAUCUUGCAUUCACUAGCUUAGGGUAUCGGGUUGCAUUGAAGCUUUGUCCUCUGGGCCAUCAUCUUCCGAUCUUCGCUUCUCAACAAUCUUGCUGUCAGCCUUCAAGGCAGAUUUCAGCGGCGGGGUAUGAUGUCUGACUUGGAUGAGGCCAUCGGGCUCCAUCGGGCUGCAUUACUCCUCCGUCCCCCUGGUCAUUCAGAUCGAUCGAUGUCUCUGAACAAUCUUGCUGCCAGCCUUCUAGACAGAUUCAGGCAGCGGGGCAUGACAUCUGACCUUGAUGAGUCCAUCGAGCUCCUUCGGGCUGCAUUACUCAUCCGUCCCCCUGGUCAUGCAGAUCGAUCGAUGUCUCUGAACAAUCUUGCAAUCUGCCUUCAAGACAGAUUCCUGCAGCGGGGCAUGAUGUCUGACAUUGAUGAGUCCAUCGAGCUCCAUCGGGAUGCAUUACUCCUCCGUCCUCCCGGUCAUUCAGAUCGAUCAUCGUCUCUGAACAAUCUUGCACUCAGCCUUCGAAACAGAUUCGAGCAGCGGGGCAUGAUGUCUGACCUUGAUGAGGCCAUCGAGCUCCUUCGGGCUGCAUUGCUCCUUUAUCGCCCCGGUCAUUCAGAACGAUUAUCGUCUCUGAACAAUCUUGCAGAAAGCCUUCGAGACAGAUUCCAGCAGCGCGGCGAGAUGUCUGACCUGGAUGAGAGCAUCGAGCUCCAUCGGGCUGCAUUACUCCUCCGUCCCCCCGGUCAUUCACAUCGAUUUAUCUCUCUGAACAAUCUUGCUCUCAGCCUUCGAGAUAGAUUCGGGCAGUGGAGCAUGAUGUCUGACCUUGAUGAGUCCAUCGAGCUCCUUCGGGCUGCAUUACUCCUCUGUCCUCCCGGUCUUUCGGGUCGAUCCAUGUGUCGGAACAAUCUUGCAACCUGCCUCCGGCGGCGGGGCAUGAUGUCUGACCUUGAUGAGUCCAUCAAUCUCCAUCGGGCUGCAUUGCUCCACCAUCCCCCUGGUCAUUCACAUCCAUUUUCGUCUCUGGGCAAUCUUGCAAUCAGCCUUCGAUGCAGAUUCGAGCAGCGGGGUACGAUGUCUGACCUUGAUGAGGCCAUCGAACUCCAUCGAGCUGCAUUACUCCUCUGUCCCCCCGGUCAUUUAGAUCGACCCUCGUAUCUGGACCAUCUUGCACUCAGCCUUCAAGACAGAUUCCAGCAACGGGACAUCCAGUCUGACCUUGCAGAAGCAUUCAGCUUGUACUCUGAACUCCUCUACCUAUCACAUGCGGUAUCUCGCGCAUAUCUUAGUGCUGCCAAGUCAUGGGCAGCCUCCGCCGACAUUUUCAAUCACCCAUCUGCAUUGCUUGCUUAUAAGGUUGCACUGAAAUCCUUAGAUCAGCAAGUUGCUCUCCUGUCGUCUUCUUCGCAUCACUUUGACGUCAUCAGGGAGGUCGUUUCUUCUCUCGCCACGGAUGCUUUUUCAUGCAGUGUUCGUCGUGGUGCACUCACCACUGCGGUGGAGUUGAUGGAGCAAGGUCGUGCAGUUUUCUGGACCCAGUUGGCACGGUUCAACAUACCACUCGAUGAACUUUCCAUUUCAGGUGACACCGGCACGGCCUUGGCAAAAGAGUUCAAACAGUUGAGUUUUCGCCUUCGUAACGCGUUCGAUCGGUUUGAAGACCAGUCUCCGCAAAUCCGACAACUGGCAAUGCAAUGGGAUGAAGUUGUCUCGCGCAUUCGCAUGCUCCCCGACUUUUCGCGUUUUCUCCUACCUCCACUGUUUCCCGACCUCCAGAGGGCGGCCGAAGAUGGCCCAGUGAUCAUCGUCAAUGCUAGUCAGCACAGCUGCGACGCGUUGAUCGUCCAUAGUGCGGGAGAUCCUGUCCAUGUUCCGCUUGACAUUACACAAGCCCAAGUGUACGAAUUCUCCUCAGAGUUCCAAUCACUCGCAGAGAAGUUUGGUUCUUCUGAUUAUCAACUCACGCUUGUCGGCAUCCUUCGCAAGCUUUGGAAUGAUGUCGUUGACCCCGUAGUCCAAGCUCUUAUAGAGUCUGAAGUUCGCCCUAGUUCGCGUAUCUGGUGGUGUCCCACUGCUGAGUUCACGCUGCUUCCCCUCCAUGCAGCGGGACCAUACGAGAAGGGGAGAGACAAUUUAUCCGACAUUUACAUCUCCUCUUACACCCCCACUUUGGCGACUCUCGUUCGUGCAAGACAGCAGGUUUCUCGAGAUGCGUCCUCGCAACAUUUUGUUGCCAUCGGCCAAGGCAACCCGGUUGAAGGGAAGGAGCUCAAAUGUGUCGCUCCUGAGCUAGCCGUCGUCGCUCAGCACGUUACUCCCGUCAUCUCCUUCACAUCCCUCGAGGAUGGCAACGCAACAGUCGAGGGUGCACUCGAUGCACUCGACCGUAAUCAAUGGCUCCAUCUUGCCUGCCAUGGAAUGCCGAAUCGGACGCAGCCGUUCGAGUCUUCCUUCGCCAUGCGCGACGGGCCCUUGAUGAUUAAGGAUAUCAUCCGAUCCAACUCGCAGAACCCGCAGUUUGCAUUCUUAUCGGCCUGCCACACUACCGUUGGCGACGAAGAGAGCCCGGAUGAGUCGAUCCAUCUUGCUGCGGCCAUGCAAUUCUGCGGAUUUCGCAGUGUGAUCGGUCCCAUGUGGUCUGUUGACGACGAUGUUGCACGCCAGGUCGUGUCUGCUUUUUACCGCAAUUUGAUUGGUGAUUCAAAAAGAUUGGACCGCACAGGCGCUGCGGUCGCGCUGCACAAGGCUGUGAGAUCGUUGCGCAAGAAGAUUCCGUUAGAACAGCAGAUUGUAUUUGUCCACAUAGGUGUGUAGUUAGAGACUCG